AGCAUUGAAGAAAUUACUUUACAAAGAGAGCGAAUGAUUCGUAACGAGGCUAUUGCAGCAGUUCCUCUAGUGUGUAUAGAAGUAGAUAUCCACGGGAACAUGACUUCGAAACAAGUCCAAAAAACAGAAUUAGCCUCUUUUCUGAAGCUGAACUUUCGUGAUUUGCGUGUGGUUGACCCAAGUUUUAGAAAUGAAUCUCCAGUAUUCCUUGCCAGGAAGAACGUAGUGGUAGGAAUUCCAAGAUUUUUUUGCCCUGUUUUGUUAAUAGGUUUUGGAUACUUGAAGGUUGUACACUUCGAACAUAUUCGCGCAGUUAUCCAGGCUACUUCUAUACUCCUAUUUGACCCACCCCAUCCCUCGGUACAGAACUUCAUACCUUCGUUGAGGACCAGAAUAAGAGAUCGUUCGCAUCCUCUUCCUUUUGAGUUUCGUUCGUUAGAAGCUAUUCUGAUCGAUGUUUGUACGUCACUUAGUCGACAAUUGCGAACCUUAGUACCUGCUGUUGAGAAUGUACUAGACACGCUAAGCUCCAAUGACACAGGAGCGGAUACUGUGAGAUCGUGUUUGGAUAGACUGCUUCCGUUGCAGAACAGCUUAAAUGAGUUUGAAGUGAAAAUUCGUGAGGCACAUACUGCACUCAAUGAUGUAUUACGUAGCGAUGAAGACAUGUCUGAAAUGUAUUUAACUACCAAAUUGGAAACUGGACAUCGUCGUAGAGUGGACCAGCAUGAAGAAGUUGAAAUGAUGUUUGAAACCUAUUUGAAACAGAUCGAUUCUAUGCUUAAUGAAGUGGCUUCCACCAUUCAAACUGUUCGUGUUACCGAAAAUAUCACUCAAAUACGUUUGGAUGCCAUGAGGAAUCGUAUCUUACGCUUAGAAGUUUAUCUUAAUCUUGGCAUGCUAUCUUUGUCUACCGGUAAGUGGAGAGAAAAUUUCAUGUUGGUAUGUAAUUACCAUGGACAGGUGCAUUUUGCUCCGCGCAAGUCUUUUAGGGUUCUCUGCGUUUGCUUUUUUGGUUGCAGUUGCUUGGAUUCGUUUGAAGAGAAUAUUUCAAUAGGCGUAGUCUUAUUUGGAUUAGAAUAUUGGCCACGUUGGGAAACUGUGAUUUUGGAUGAAAGCCGUUUGACUUUUUUUUGGGGGGCCAAGUUAGUGACGGCCUUGGAAGUACACUUUUCUUUUGCUAUGCAGUUUUUAAGAAAAUUGAACGUUAAAGUUUCAAGAAGCAAGACACCACCCACACCUGCACCCACUAUUGCUGAUAUCAGGGAACACAUUGAACUACUUGAAAGAAAGCAGCAAGUAUGGCAAAAAAAGGUGGACGCCGAACAACAAAAGGCAAAGACUCUUUUAAUGAAAAAGGACAGAAGAGGUGCUCUUAUGGCUUUGAAGCGAAAGAAGAUUCUCGAGAAGGAAAUAGCGAAUACGGAAAAUGUUCGAUACAACUUGGAGCUACAGGCUUUGACACUUGAAAAUGCCAACGCGAGUGCACAAACUGUUGACGCUUUUCGCAAAGGAAACAAACAAUUGAGGAAAGCCCACGAAAAGUUAAAGGUAGAAGAAGUUGACGACGUUAUGGCAGAUACCCAAGAACUAGUCGAAGAAUCGAAUAUGAUUUCGGAAGCUUUGGCACAACCGCUUUCCGGGAAUACUUAUUUGGAUGAAGAUGAACUUGGAGCUGAAUUAGAUGAACUAGAAGGUGAAGCCUUAGACCGCUAUAUGCUUGAAACAGAAGAGAAAAUUGGUCAAGAAGAGAGAACAACUGGAAACUUAAGGGUGCCUAGUGCAGUCAAAGGUAAAACUGUCAAGGAAACGGUUUCCAGUCGUGUUGAGGUACCGAAAGAAGAAGAAGAAGAAGAAGUCAACGACGAAGAACGAGAACUUCGAGAGUUGGAAAGAAGUAUGGCCAUGUAGUCGUUGACCGCAACUUCUUUGGAUGAGUUGUGUUAUAACAUUUAUGCAUGUAUACAAAUAUAUAUCAUAUCUCUAUCUAUCUCUCCCUCUAUAUAUAUAUAUAUACUCCAAGAGUUGAGGUCUUUUUUUGUGUCGAGAAAAACUUGCGAGAUGGAAACAUGAAGAAAUAAAGAUACCCUUUCAUUA